AUGGCUACAGAGUUGAGAGAAAUUUCACGUUUUCUAACACCACCAAGUGGGUACGAGAAACAAUUGAAACAUCAAUAUGCACAGCAUAUGCGAAAAAUAGAAACGAAAAUAACAAAAAAGUCAUCACUUGGAGUGCAUUCGAAGCAUUUUACCAUAUUUGGUAAUAUUAGAUACACCAUCAUCAUCAUCAAAAAUUCAUUGUCUGUAAUGCUAACUUGUCGAAGUAUUUUAUUCAAAGUAGAAGAGAAGUGA